UUGCGGAUGGGACUGAGAGCGGGAAGGGACAUACCUCACGGUUUCGCAUUCUCGACCGGACAAUAAGGAGCCGAGAAACAUUUCGAGAGGCAUCCCCCUUGUUUCCACAGAUGUCCGAUCUCGGAACACCUCGGUGGAGACGGAGUGUCGACAUCACCCGAGCCAGCAGAAACCAAAAAGAUACACCCGCACCACUUUGGUUUGAAGCAAAAUAGGGGUGUCACUUUUAAUCUAUCAAUCGCCAACCAAUCAAUUAUCAACAACUAUUUAAUUUAUUGAUGAAUCAUUUCGAGCCAUUGUGUCAUUUAAAAUUGUCCAAAUCCUCAGAUUUUCAGACUCCUCUCAGUAAAUAUUGUCUGAUUUGUGGAGUCUUCCAAGAAAGCAAACAGAUUAUCUUGUGUGGUGAAUAAAAAAAAGAGAGAUUUGCAAACAUCUGCUUUUACUUUGAAAAGUAGUGAUAAACAAUUUUCCACCUUUUCUGGGUAGUUAUGGACCAAAGCAGUAAGUGAAUCGAAAUCAGUUUUAUAAAAAAAGGAGACGCUCAUUUUAAUCUGUUGUGGAAAUAAAAAUAAUGAUUUGCAGUCUUCCUGUGAUUAACCUGUCAUUGGCAUGGAGCUGAACCUGAAGAAGCCCUCAGAAGUGUAUUUCGAGCUAGUCGGCCUUCCUUCAAUAACCAAGAAGUGGCUCUCACUUUCAAGAAGGAAUAAUUAAAAAGGAAGAAUACAGCGUCACUUGCCCCCCUCCCCAGUGAUGGUGCAUAAUUGUUUAUUGAACUUAGUUUAAUCAUUUAACAAUACCAAAUAAACGACCAUCAUCAGUUAAGAAACAAUAAUCGGGAGAAAAUAGAGUUUCAUCUGAUUGUUCAAUUAAUCAAUGGAAUAAUCGAUUUUCAAAAUAUUGAAUGGUGACAGCCCCAAAGGAAAGCGCAAUUCACAUCCACCUGACCCCUUGGGUCAUUUACGCUUGCCGCUGGCCAGUCAUGUCGCCUCGAUGGAGAAGGGCGAACGGAAAAGAAGUCAUUAUCCCGCCAGUUGUUACCUCACCUGCAAGCGUCAGCUAAACUCAGUUGGGUUCAGCCACGCUCGCUAGCCUGUGAGCCUACCAGCCACCCUCCCUUUCCUCGCCCCGGUAUUCCUGAAACCCCUUCCCCACUUUCCACUCCCCACCCCCACCCCCCUGAGUGCUUCGCCAUGACGUCCGUGCGGUUCACCGUAACGCCCACCAAGGCGGAGGACCACCCCGGGCUGUCGGACACGUCGCCCGAAAUCAGCUCCCGCUCCGGCAACCACGUGCGCUUCGGCUCCCGGGAAAGCAUCAGUCGAAGCGAGCCCCCCAGCGACACGUCGGGAGGAGGAACGGCGCCGGCGGGAGGAGGCGGCACGGAUACGCCGGACCACGGUAACAUGGAGCAAGGGCAUGGAAAUUCCAAACUGUCCAGCGUGUACAUCAACAACAGCCACGGCGUGGAUGACGACGACUUCUACGACAGGAACUUGGCCUUGUUUGAGGAGGAAAUGGACACUCGGCCCAAAGUGUCAUCUCUGCUCAGUCGGCUGGCCAACUAUACCAACCUGAUGCAGGGCGCCAAGGAGCACGAGGAGGCCGAGAGCAACAGUGAGAAGAAGAAGGCCAAGACGCCGCGCAUGGGGACCUUCAUGGGCGUCUACCUGCCGUGUCUGCAGAACAUCUUUGGCGUCAUCUUGUUCCUACGUUUGACCUGGGUGGUGGGGACCGCCGGCGUGUUGCAGGGUCUCUGUAUCGUCUUCAUAUGCUGCUGCUGCACGAUGCUGACCACCAUAUCAAUGAGCGCCAUCGCCACCAACGGAGUCGUUCCAGCCGGUGGUUCCUACUUCAUGAUCAGCCGCUCUCUGGGUCCGGAAUUUGGGGGGGCAGUUGGUCUGUGCUUCUACCUGGGUACCACCUUUGCCGGCGCCAUGUACAUCCUCGGAGCCGUCGAGAUCCUGCUGAUGUACAUCGCGCCUGAGGCAGCCAUCUUUACUGCCAAGGGGCUGGAGGGCGAGGGUGCGGCCAUGUUGAACAACAUGCGCGUCUACGGCUCCGUCUGCCUCCUCCUCAUGUCCUUGCUGGUCUUUGUGGGCGUCAAGUACGUCAACAAGCUGGCCUCCGUCUUCCUGGCCUGCGUCAUCAUCUCCAUUGUCUCCAUCUAUGUGGGGGCGCUGGUCUCCGCUUUCAAGCCGCCCAACUUCACGGUUUGUAUGCUAGGAAACCGAACCAUCAACGGCCAUGAUCUCGUCGACAACCAGUGUGCUAAAACCGUCCUGCUUUCGGCCGAGAGUGAGCUGGCCAACGAGACCCUUGCUGGAGCGGACGUCAACACCACGGCGCUCCCAACACUCGAGUUGGUCCCCAGUCCCAGCCCCAUUCCGAUGGAGAAGACCACAUACCUGUGGAGCCGCUUCUGUCAGAGCGCCGAGCUCAACUCCUCCUGUGACGACUACUUUGCCGCUAACAACUUCUCCCAAAUCGAAGGCAUCCCCGGUCUGGCCAGUGGCAUCAUCGCCGAGAACCUGUGGAGCUCGUACCUCAGCAAAGGAGACGUGGUGGUGAAAAGCUCCUUGAGCUCCCCCCAGGGACCCCGCUCGGCGUCCACACAGCAGCCUUACGUCUUUGCUGACAUCACCACCUCCUUCACCCUGCUGGUGGGAAUCUUCUUCCCCUCCGUCACCGGAAUCAUGGCCGGUUCCAAUCGGUCAGGGGACCUAAAAGACGCCCAGCGUUCAAUCCCCAUCGGGACCAUCCUGGCCAUCCUCACCACCUCCUUUGUCUACCUAAGCAGCAUUCUUUUAUUUGGUGCCUGCAUUGACGGCGUGGUCCUCAGAGACAAGUUUGGAGACUCAAUCCAAGGGAAUUUGGUGGUGGGAACAUUAGCCUGGCCCACCCCUUGGGUGAUUGUGGUGGGCUCCUUCUUCUCCACGUGCGGCGCGGGCCUCCAGUCGUUGACGGGUGCUCCAAGGCUUCUGCAGGCCAUCGCCAAGGACAACAUUAUCCCCUUCCUUCGGGUGUUUGGUCACGGCAAAGCCAACGGCGAGCCCACCUGGGCUCUGUUGCUGACGGCCCUCAUUGCUGAGCUGGGCAUCCUCAUCGCGUCUCUGGACCUGGUGGCUCCCAUCCUGACCAUGUUCUUCUUGAUGUGCUACCUGUUUGUCAAUCUGGCCUGCGCUCUGCAGACCCUCCUGAGGACACCCAACUGGAGGCCGCGCUUCUCCUAUUACCACUGGACUUUGUCAUUUUUGGGGAUGACCAUCUGCCUGGCGCUCAUGUUCAUCUCCUCCUGGUACUAUGCAAUCGUUGCCAUAGUGAUUGCAGGCAUGAUCUACAAGUACAUCGAGUACCACGGAGCCGAGAAAGAGUGGGGAGAUGGGAUCCGCGGGCUCUCACUCAGUGCCGCCCGUUAUGCCCUCUUGAGGUUGGAAGAAGGCCCACCGCACACCAAGAACUGGAGGCCUCAGCUUUUGGUUUUGCUCAAACUGGAUGAAGACGCGCACGUCAAGUCUCCUCGCCUGCUGACUUUUGCCAGCCAGCUGAAGGCGGGAAAAGGCCUGACCAUCGUGGGCACGGUGGUUCCCGGAAACUUCCUGCAUAGCUACGGAGAGGCACUGGCGGCGGAACAGACCCUGAAGCUCCUGAUGGAUAAGGAACGAGUCAAGGGCUUCUACCAGUGCAUCGUUGCGCAGAAGGCGCGCGAAGGCAUCAGCCACAUGAUCCAGUCCAGUGGCCUGGGUGGGAUGAAGCCCAACACCGUGGUGAUGGGAUGGCCUCAUGCCUGGAGGCAGAGCGAAGAUCCGCAAUCGUGGAAGACCUUCAUCCACACGGUGCGCGUCACCACGGCCGCUCACCUGGCCCUGCUGGUGCCCAAAAACAUCUCCCUGUUCCCCAGCAACAGCGAGCCGUACGCCGACGGUUACAUAGACGUGUGGUGGAUCGUGCACGACGGCGGGAUGCUGAUGUUGCUGCCCUUCCUGCUGCGCCAGCACAAGGUGUGGCGCAAGUGCGGGAUGCGCAUCUUCACCGUAGCCCAGAUGGAGGACAAUUCCAUUCAGAUGAAGAAGGACCUGGCUACCUUCCUCUAUCAUUUACGCAUCGAGGCUGAAGUGGAAGUUGUCGAGAUGCACGAUAGUGACAUCAGUGCGUACACUUACGAGAGGACCCUGAUGAUGGAGCAGAGGUCCCAGAUGCUCCGCCAAAUGCGUCUCUCCAAAUCGGACCGCGAGCGAGAGGCUCAGCUGGUCAAGGACCGCAACUCCAUGUUGAGACUGACCAGCAUUGGCUCGGACGAGGACGACGAUACAGACGGCGGUGAGCGGGACCGAGCGGCGGCCGGUGACCGCUCCUCGUCCGAGCGCCAUCGCCGUGUUCAAAUGACCUGGACCAAAGAGAAGGCGUCGCAGUACCGGGCCGCGCACUCUGGAUGCUCCACGCCCGAGGGCUUCAGGGACAUGCUCAGCAUCCGGCCUGAUCAUUCCAACGUGAGGAGGAUGCACACGGCCGUCAAGCUCAACGAGGUCAUCGUCAAUAAAUCCCACGAUGCCCGAGUCGUCCUCCUCAACAUGCCGGGGCCGCCUAAGAACCCGGAGGGAGAUGAGAACUACAUGGAGUUCCUGGAGGUUCUAACAGAGGGUUUGGAGCGCGUACUGCUGGUCCGUGGUGGAGGAAGCGAAGUCAUCACCAUCUACUCGUGAUGAGACGUCCACUUUGAAGGCAGCUGCCAAUCUACUGGAAGUGAGAGGGGGGUGGCCAUCUGCUGCAUGGUACUUCUCAAACCAACCGCCGCUAGUCGCUCACUCGUCUUCACUGUUCUGUCAUGACACGCGCGCACCUUUCCAUUCCACUGCGUCACACUGCAAGAUUGAAAAAAAAUAAAAUAGCACCGUGUUUUUGUGGAGCGUGUUUUCCCCGCUGACAGUCGUCGUAAGAUGUCAAGCGUCAGAGGCUGUCGUUACUCUGACGAGACUCAGGGUUGAAUUUUUCUCUUUUUUUCUUAUUAUCGAAAUAUGGUAUGUUUGUUCCAAAUGUUGAAAUUUGUUCGUGCUUUGCACUUUUGUUUCCAUAAUAGUAACUUAAAUUGUUUCUUAUCUCCUCUCAUUUUAAACUACUGUACAUGGAUGGCACAUGUUUUUGUUGUUGUUGUUGUUUGUCUUCGGUGACAGAACAGGUCUCUCGUAGUUCUGCCGUGAUGUAAAGGGAGUUACACAAACCCAGUACAGUAAUGAUGUGCAGCUUCUUCACCUGCACCUGCCGUCAUGACACUUUUUUGUGUAACUGCAAUACCUUCAAUAUCAUUUUGAGCAGAAGCCUCUAAGGUUGGUCACUGUGUACGUCAUGUCCGUGGAGGUACGGGACGAGUUGAGAAACGGAACAUACCAAUGGAAAUGACCAGUAUGCAUGUGUGCGAUUUUAGAAAAGAUUCAUGUGCUGCUGUCUUUGUGUAUGAAUGAGACUUUGUUGCUGAUGAUGAGCUGUGAACUGCUUUUCCCUUCUUCACAUUUUAGUGUUACAGUGCAGGGAUUUAUUUUCGUUUUUCCAACAUCGUAUUGCCUGUAUUUUAAGACAGAGAUUCCAAGAUGUAUCUUUUUUUAAUGACACAAUUAUGAAAUGAGACAUUAUUUGCUUGAACAUUUUGGGAAUAAAGUGAUUUAGAAGAAACAAA